CAGAGGGGCUAUUUUGGCACUCGACAAGUCCUUAGAGUUUCUUGGUCGUAUCUCUACAGUCUGGAUAUUUUAAGUCUUUUCAAAAUGCUUGUUUCAUGAAUAUUUGAUCAACGAAGCGUUCAGAGACUGCACUUUUACCCUGCAGAGUUUGGUCAACUUUGUACGACAAACACGCAAGCUCCAAGAUACUAGAAGAAUCGAAUGCAAUGCUCGAGGCUGGCUCAUAUCAGUACUGCUGAGGGUUUUAACCUUUACUUGACAGCUUCCUAAUCAUCAUUUCCACGACCAAGAUCUUUCAAAACAUGGCGCGGUUUCUGGUUUCGUUUGGACUAUUCAGUCUUGUCACCAAUAUCGCGCUCGCGUUAAUGGUUACAUCUGACUCUCCAUGCAUGUCUUUAUGUAGUAAUGGUCAGGGCUCGGACAGUAUCGACGGAAGUGAAAUUGUCUGCCAAAACAAUAAUUUUAUAACCACUACAGCCGGCCGAAAACUAAAGUCAUGUCUCUCUUGUUUACAGCUAAGUACUGCAUCUGGUAACGAUCAAAAUGAUCAAUACCGUUUUAUAUGUGAGUUCAAUUCUAAAAUUUUAGUUUGAAAAAUAUUUGUAUGUUAAUACUCGGCAGAUAAUAUUCGUUAUACAUUAGCAUCAUGCUUAUAUGGAUUUUCCAAUGUUACUGAUACCAUAUCCACACCAUGUUCUACCUCCAAAGCAUGUGGUCCAUUAAAACCAGCAAUUGAAGAUGGAAACUUCAUUACCAGCAAUGAGACCGCUUAUGGCUAUUGUUCGGUGAACUACAAUUCAAUCUUGAGUAGCGGUACUUCCGCGUGUAUAAGCUGUCUUCAAGCCGGCAACACUGAAUCAUAUCUUUCGAAUUGUGAGUAUUAACCCCUCAACUUACGGGUAUCAAACACUAAUUAGCACAGUCUUAAUAGCUCUCCAGGCAGGAUGUCAUCAACAGCCACCUGAUGGAACAAUUAUCGGACUCAACGACUCCGUCUUCUCUCAAUACAUCAUAGCCGAAACCUCCCCUGGAAAAGGCUACAAUACCACUGUUUCCAGCAGCAGCACCUCCAAAAAAGGCCUAUCCAAAAAUACCAUCAUCGGCAUCUCCAUUGGUCUCUGCAUUCUCCUCCUCAUCACCAUCUUUAUAAUUUUCAUUCUUUGGCGUAAAUCCAUGAGCCUAAAACGUCAACGCAAUGGCCAUUCUUCUCUAGAUGAAAGAUAUGGCGCUCUCAACAUCACCGCACCAAAUGAAGGCGCAUUUGGAAAUCCACAGAGUCGAUUUAAAACUAUUACUCUAGCAGCUCCUCCACCAGCUAGGAAACGUAAAAACACGAACACGACUCCGCUCUUCAAUCUCUCAAAGUAUCACAGCGAUGAUGAAAGUUUCCAUAAACGCGAUACGAAUGUUUUUCCUACUCAUCAAGCUUAUUAUCCUCCCCAUCCACACUUCAAAGCUGAAGAUAUGCUGCCGAUACUACCUAACGAUAAAUUCCCCUCGCCAUAUCCAUAUCCUUAUCCUCCUUCAUCAAAUGAGCACUCCCCCAUUUCCAAUCCUGCAAGAUAUUUUUCACCGCCAGCAUAUAAUCUAGCGCAAAGGUUAGAUAGAAAAGAAGGUGCUACAUUUCACAACCGAGGAAAUGCUCAAAAUAAGAGGAUGGAUAGGAAUGUAGAUAGAGGUAGGGAUGUGGAUGUGGACGUGAAUAGCGAUAGAGAUAUAACGACAAGUUACGCAAGAGCCGCUAUUGAUGGAACGCAAAGUAGUGGGAUUAGUGUUUCCUCCCUCUCUCCCGACCUGGGGAAUAAUGAAAUGAGAUUGGAUAGUGAUGCGGUAAAGAGGACUAAAAGCCCUAGUAUGGGAGGAGAGAAUGGAGGGAUAAGUGAGAAGGAGAGAAAUACAAAUACAAAUGCAAAUAGAGAAUGGGAAAAAGAAAGAGGAAAGAAGAAAAAGAGAGCAGCGAAGAGAAUGCUGCUUAUUAAUGAUCAAGAUCAAGAUCAAGAUCAGGACCAAUGGCCUGGGGAAUUUUGAUGGGAAGUGAGAGACGGAUGUGAUGAUUGAUUGGAUGAUACCCUGUGUUUUUUUCUUUUCUUUUUUUUCUCUCUUUGUUUUUGAGGCAAAUUAUUUAUAUUUUCUUGUUCACUUAAUGCAUGAGUCCCUGGCUGGAUAUGGAUAUGGAUUUAUGAGUAGCUAGCUACCUACCGAUAGCGAAGCUGGUAAGAUCUUACAUAUAUAAGAGUUCUGAUCAUUACUCACCGCACCCUCUUUAAAUUUCAUCUACACUUUUGAAAAUUUAAUAUUAAAUCAAUGCCAUAAUAUU